AUGAAGCGGUUACGCUGUGCGGCCUUACUCUGGGAUCAAUUGCUCCCAAUCCGACAUUCGGGCACUCGGCCGUUCCUGCCCCACCAUAUCGGGAGAACACCCCACUUCGCCGCUACCACGACCAUUGCCACCACCACCAACCCACGACCACUUUCAACCAGUGCGGGAAACCGUGAUUCUGCCACUGCACCAGCAUCAGCAUCAGCAGAGCCACCAGACCCCGAACCCCCACAAGCCACCCCGCCUCCGCCUCCUCCUCCUCCUCAAACAGAGCCAACAACCCUCCCGCCCUGCCGUUCCCCCACCACCUCCGCAAAGCUAGCAGCGCUGCACGCCCGCCUAAGCCUGCACCCAAAAUUCCCCGUACAAACACUAGCGCGGGCGCUCAUCCACCCGAGCGCAGACCCAAACCCACUCUUCAACAACCGCCCACUAGCAUCGCUUGGCAGCGCACUGAUAAACUACUAUGCGACGGAGUGGCUGCUAUGCACCUACCCGCGCCUGCCAACGGAAGUCCUAAGAGCAGCGUUGAGCGCGUACGUGGGUGAGAAAGCGCUCGCGGCGAUGGGCCGCGAGUGGGGCGUCGAGAGCGCCUUUGAGCCAAAGGCAGACGUGGACGCUGGGCUCCUGCAAUUCAAGCGUCUGCCGCCGGGGCCGGAGAUGGAGGCUAGCGGGUACAAGCCGUGGCAGGAGAGGGGGGAGAGGUGGGUGCAGGGCGUGGCCGAGGAAGAGGCUAUCGCUUCAUUAGUCACUUCCACCUUCGCAGGUGUUUACCUGCACGAGGGGCUCGGCCCCGUCAAGCAGUUCUUUCGCCAGCAUGUGCUCAGUCGCAGGCUGGAUGUUGAUAAGCUUUUCGACUUUGUUCAGCCCACCAGGGAGCUGUCUAGCCUUUGCUCUCGAGAGGGCUUCGAGCCUCCGGUUGCUAGGCACAUUGGCGAGACCGGGAAGAGGUCCAUUGCUCCCGUCUUCAUUGUCGGCGUGUACUCCGGCUUGGAGAAGAUCGGAGAGGGGCAUGGCGGGAGUAAGGACGAGGCUAGGAUUAGAGCUGCUACGAAUGCGCUCAAGGGUUGGUACCUGUAUUCCCCAGCUCCGCAGGUGGACCUGCCGAGCAAGACGGAUGAUGACCCCCGGGCUUCGUUUAGGCCCGCUGUGAUUGAUGCUGGCGAGGUUAUUGUUUGAUUUGGAUUCGGUAGAAUAGAUGGUUUGUUGUCUAUACAUGUAACUAUAGUUGAGAGCCUGUGGAUCGAAGAGAGAAAAAGAAAAAAACGUGUUAUUCUUUUUGUAUACAAAAUCAUUCCUUCAUUUUUCUCUUUCUUGCUUGCCUUUUUUUAUACACACAUCCAUCCUGUGGGCAGCGCGGGGGCGGGUAGGGAAGCACCCGCUCGAUCGAACGUGAAAUCACAUGGUGUAUGAAAUGCAAAAGGGAGCAAUCUAACACUUCUAGUUGCACUGUACAGCAUUAAGCAAACAAAAAUCUAUGCUGAUGGGG